AUAAUCCGCCCAUAGGCUCAAAACAUUUGCGUGCGAUUGUACAACGGUACAAUGACGUACCAAAACCCACAACAACUACACACACGCAAAAAAAAAUCAAACCAUUUUAAAACUUUCCACCGUUUUUAAUGAACCAUCCACCAGCUCACCAUCGGACGUCACCCAUCAAACCGAAAAAAGAAGAAAACCUUCAGUAUAUUCAGGACAGGGGCGGGAUUUAUUGAACUAGUAUACAUCGUUCCAUCGUAUGUUCGUGUUCUGUGCAGUGCAGUUGCCGCUCACUUAAAAAAAUCCAUCACUGGCUCGACCUUCCAAAAAUGCAGCCCCCAGAACCCGAAAAAAAAACGUCGCGCCAAAAAACGUUCGUCCUUAGAAAUUCCCUCCUGACCGACAUUUUCGACAACAAUCACACUCGCAACGUCUACAAUGUUUACGUUAUCGUUUUCGCGGGUUUGUGCCUUCAAAACGCGCUGAGGCACUACGUAAAAGACGGGAGGGUGGAUUUCGGUCUAGAAACCAUCGGAAAAGGAUUCGCUAAAUUCGAUAAAGCGAUACUGAUUUGGUUGUGCUGUUUCUUGUCGACGUGUGCGUCGUUUUACUUUUUCCAAAUUUGGGGGAAAUUCAGAACCUGGGAUAAAAAACUGACCACAACAUGGGACUGGUUUUGGGCGGUGUCGUUAGUCCUUUACUACUUCUACAUGAUAAACUUCACAAGUACCGCAACACUAUACUUCGAAUUUAAUCCACCGUGUGCAGUCUUCGUAUCCAUAGAAUCUGUCCGGCUUUUAAUGAAAGUGCACUCUUUCGUGCGCAUCAAAGCUCCCCCACUAAUGUCGGCUUCAGAAGAUGCAAAAUUUUCCAAAUUUCUGUACUUCCUCUUCGCUCCUACUCUCAUCUACCGAGACAGCUACCCACGAACGAAACACAUCAACUGGAACUUCGUCAUUUGUCGCCUUCUCGAAGCCAUAAGCAUGGUAUUCAUGUUCGCAUAUAUUCUACACGCCAUUUAUCCAACUCCAGAAAAAUGGCUAGCGAAGUACACCAUAAAGGACACACUGCUAGACAUAAUUGAAUUUAGUCCGCACGGAGGCUUGGUCGCGUGUGGAAGUUUCUUCCUGGUUUUUCACUCCGUCCAAAACCUAUUCGCCGAAGUCACCCGUUUCGGGGACAGAUUAUUCUACCAAGACUGGUGGAGCCAAUCCAGAUACAACAAGUGGUUGGCAAAAUGGAAUCUCCUCGUUCGAGAUUGGCUAUACUGUUUCGUCUACCGCGAUUUCAAGCACUACAUCUGUGACAAUAAUUUUUUAGCGAUUUUUGUGGUUCUUGUGGCGUCGUUUGCCAUGCACGAGUACGUCAUGUUCUGUUUCCUCGGUAAAUUCUUUCCUUUUUUUCUUUUUCUAGCUAUGAUUGCGGUAUUCCCCAUGUUUUUUCUUAACUUUCCAGAAAACAUGUUCUUUAACGUGUUUCUGUGGUGUUCUGGGAGUCUGAUAAUGUCUGCCACUAUGGUUCUGUACAAUUACGAACACUAUGCUGUGACGAAAGCUCCUCUGAAGGAUCCAACACUCUUGGAAUUAAUUAUUCCAAGAUUUAUUACGUGUGAUUGUGUUCUUAAAUUUUAAGAGGAAAAAAUGUAUUUUACGUCAGGGUGCUAAUAAACAUGUUUUUUAACAA